GCUCACGUGACCAGGACGGCUGCGCUCCCACUUCCGCAGCUCCAGCCUCCCAGAAUGCCACGAGUUUGUUUUUAAAGGGCUUUUUAUUGUUGUUUUAAUAAGCAUUUGACGUGUCGGACCGGUCCUGCAGGUCUGUGCGGUCAGAGCAGGUGAGGCAGCGGGGGGGAGAAGGGCGGGGAGCCGUCUCCGGAGCUCUCUACAAGUAGGAAGAAGAGGAAAAACAUGGUGCGGUGACAAAACGCCCGGACACCGACAGAAAACAGGCAUUCACCUUUUUAUAUCAAUCUGCUGAGGACACAAAGAUACCUGUGGUACAAAGAUGAGUCGGGGGCGAGCAGACUCCCAGAGUUCCCUGGGGCCUGACGAUGAGGUCAUGCCGUACAGUGACGAUGAGACGGAUGACGAAUUGGAUGUCAGCUCUGAAGAGGAACCAGAUGAGCCACCAGGAGCCCCGCACCCCCCAGUGGAAGCUAAACCCAGCGAUAUGGGAUGGAAGGUGAAAGCCAACGACCGGCCUUAUCACCACCUGCCAGAGUUUCAGAAAAAAGUCUUCCUGUGUAUCAAGAAGAGCAGAUACUCUGGAAACGCCAUCAAGACGUACAAGUACAACAUUCUCACCUUCCUCCCCCUAAACCUGUACGAGCAGUUUAAGAGAGCUGCCAACCUCUAUUUCCUGGCUUUGCUCGUCCUACAGAUUAUUCCAGACAUUUCCACUCUGCCCUGGUACACGACACUGAUUCCUCUGGUUGUGGUGCUGGGAGUCACUGCCAUCAAAGACCUGGUGGACGAUCUGGCCCGGCACAGGAUGGACAAGGAGAUCAACAACAGGAAGUGCGAGGUCCUGCUGGACGGCAGGUUUCAAGAGUCAAAGUGGAGGAACAUCCAGGUUGGAGAUGUGGUUCGUCUGAAGAAGAAUGACUUUAUUCCGGCUGACAUCCUGCUGUUAUCCAGCUCCAACCCAAACAGCCUGUGCUAUGUAGAAACAGCUGAGCUCGACGGAGAGACCAACCUGAAAUUUAGGAUGGGACUCAGAGUGACUGAUGAGAGACUGCAGGAGGAACGUCAGCUGGCUGAGUUUGAUGCACUGAUCGAGUGCGAGGAGCCGAACAAUCGCCUGGACAAGUUCACAGGGACGAUGCUGUGGAGGAAGGAGCGCUACCCUCUGGACCUGGAUAACAUGCUGCUCCGAGGCUGCAAGAUCAGAAACACUGAGGAGUGUCACGGGCUGGUCAUCUUCGCAGGAGCUGACACCAAAAUCAUGAGGAACGGGGGGAAGACGAGGUUCAAGAGGACGAAAAUUGACGAGCUGAUGAACUACAUGGUUUACACAAUCUUUGUGCUACUGAUCCUUGUGGCGGCAGGGCUGGCCAUCGCUCACACCUUCUGGUACGAGGACAUUGGCUCGAAGGCCUGGUAUCUGUAUGACGCCAAAAACCAAGGUUCCUCCUACAGAGGCUUCCUCAGCUUCUGGGGAUACAUCAUCGUCCUCAACACUAUGGUGCCCAUUUCGCUUUAUGUCAGCGUGGAGGUGAUUCGUCUGGGCCAGAGUAAGUUCAUCAACUGGGACCUGCAGAUGUAUUUCACAGAGAAAGACACACCAGCUAAGGCUCGAACCACCACUCUGAAUGAGCAGCUCGGUCAGAUCGAGUACAUCUUCUCCGACAAGACGGGAACUCUGACACAGAACAUCAUGCAGUUCAAGAAGUGUAACAUCGCUGGACGCAGCUAUGGUGACCCGACCACUGUUGAGGGAGUGGCGCUGGGCAGAGGAAGGCCGGUGGACUGGAGCUGGAACCAGUACGCUGACAGAAAGUUCACAUUCAUGGAUCAUUCCCUGGUUGCCUGCGUCCGAUCCAGGAAGGAUAAAGAUGCUACAGAGUUUUUCAAACUGCUCUCCCUCUGCCACACCGUCAUGGUGGAGCACAAAGACGGUGAUCUGGUGUACCAGGCAGCGUCUCCUGAUGAGGGCGCCCUGGUGACGGCAGCCAGGAACUUCGGCUAUGUGUUUCUGUCUCGUACGCAGGACACCAUCACCAUCAAAGAGAUGGAGCAGGAGAAUACCUACGAAAUGUUGGCGCUACUCGACUUCAACUCCGACCGCAAGCGCAUGUCUAUCAUCUUGAGGUUUCCUGAUGGUCGAAUUCGUCUCUACUGUAAAGGAGCUGACACUGUCAUCUAUGAGCGACUUUCCCCCAACUCUAGACACAAAGAAACUACCCAGACAGCUCUGGAUGUCUUUGCCAACGCGACCUUGCGGACGCUGUGCUUGUGUUACAAAGACAUCAGCGCAGACGAGUACCUAACCUGGUCCAGGAAACACAAAGAAGCCCAGGUGACCAUGUCCGACAGAGAGGGUGCCCUCGACAGCGUGUACGAGGAGAUCGAGAGCAACCUGAUGCUGAUUGGGGCGACAGCCAUCGAGGACAAAUUGCAGGACGGAGUGCCAGAGACCAUCGCCUCACUGGCCAAGGCCGACAUCAAGAUUUGGGUCCUGACUGGAGAUAAGAAAGAAACGGCAGAGAACAUUGGAUAUUCUUGUUCACUUUUGACAGACGACAUGCAGAUCCACUACGGAGAAGACGUUAAUGAGAAGCUGAGGCUUCGUCAGGGCAACAGGAGGAACGAGCCUGCAACUGUUCGUCGAGGCAAAAAAAAACCUGCGGAGCCUUUCUUCCCCGAGCCGGGCAAAAACGCUCUCAUCAUCACCGGAGGAUGGCUGAACGAGAUUCUGUAUGAAAAGAAGAAGAAACGGCGUCGUCUGCGUCUUCGUCGUCUGGGAAAGCGACCGCCUUCCAGCAGCCCUCAGGAUGGACAGCCGAUGGACGACUGGGAGAAGGAGAUGAGACAGAUUGACUUUGUGGAUAUGGCCUGUGAGUGCGAGGCGGUCAUCUGCUGUCGUGUGACACCCAAGCAGAAGGCUAAUGUGGUGAGUUUGGUGAAGAAGUACAAGAAAGCCGUGACACUGUCUAUCGGAGACGGAGCCAAUGACGUCAACAUGAUCAAGACUGCAGACAUCGGUGUUGGUAUCAGUGGUCAGGAGGGGAUGCAGGCCGUCAUGUCCAGUGACUACGCCUUUGCUCAGUUCCGUUACUUAGAGCGCCUCCUGUUGGUGCACGGACGCUGGUCCUACAUCCGAAUGUGCAAGUUCCUGCGUUUCUUCUUCUUCAAGAACUUCGCCUUCACGCUGGUCCACUUCUGGUACUCCUUCUUUAGCGGAUACUCCUCACAGGUCGCUUAUGAAGACUGGUUCAUCACUCUCUACAAUCUCUGUUACAGCAGCUUACCUGUUUUACUGGUUGGACUUCUUGACCAGGAUGUUAACGACAAACUGAGCCUGAAAUUCCCCAAGCUCUACCUGCCUGGCCAGCAGGGGGCAUUGUUCAACUAUAGGAACUUCUUCAUCAGCUUGUUCCAUGGGAUCUUCGUCUCGCUCACCAUCUUCUUCAUCCCCUACGGAGCCUUCCUGCAGACCAUGGGGCAGGACGGUGAAGCCCCAUCUGACUACCAGUCCUUGGCCGUCGUCACCGCCUCGUCGCUCGUUUUUGCGGUCAACCUGCAGAUCUCUCUGGAUACCUCCUACUGGACUUUUGUCAACUGCUUUGCAGUUUUGGGCAGCAUAGCCAUCUACUUUGGCAUCAUGUUUGACAUCCACAGUUCUGGGAUCCACGUCAUCUUUCCCUCAGCUUUCACCUUCACCGGUGCAGCGUCGAAUGCUCUGCGUCAGCCCUACCUGUGGUUAACCAUCAUCCUGACUGUGGGCAUCAGCCUGCUUCCAGUCAUCUGCAUCCAGUUCCUCCAUAAAACCAUCUGGCCCUCUGUAGGAGACAAGGUCCAGAGAAACAGGAAGAAGUACGAGUUGGAGAUGGAAGAGGAGGGAAAGAAAAAGCCGCCAGUCUUCCAACGCGGCCAGCGUUCCCGCCGCUCCGCCUAUGCCUUCUCUCACUCCCGUGGCUACGCCGACCUCAUCUCGUCUGGGCGGAGCAUUCGGCGGCGCCCACAGGCCCGUGGUGGACCCCAGGACAGCAUCAGGGAGGUUCCCCAGAGAGAGGCCGAAAACAUCUGAAGAGGGCUGAGCGGGAGAUGGAGCAAAACUGUAGCCAGAGAGGUUGUAAAUAUUUCGGAAAGUGCAAGGAGUGCAAGGAGUGCUGGGUUUAUCUUCAUUGUUAUCUGUGGAGUCGCUGCUGAACUGGUCAACAUCUGAAGCUCGGCAUAUAAACGACAGCCUCCUCCUUUGGGGUAUUCAAGUGCCUUAGAAGGUGAUAAAAGAAAAUAAGUGCUCCUAAAGGUGCUCAACUUUUAGAAAUGAAAUGAGGGGCUUGAGUUUACCACCAGUGUGUUAACCUGAUUUGCAAAAAGUUAAAUGAAGCGCUACUGAAUGUGUUUUUGCUCCAGUCUGAAACCCUGACCUCACUGCCUCCAGUUCCUUAUCUAUGCACGGACUCUUUGUUAAAAUGCAAAUGGGGGGGAAAAAAGCUCACCAAAGAGACAACCGCCGUUACCGGGGAUUGAGGUCAUGCAGUGACUUUGUGACUGACAAUGCUAUUUAACUCAGGACUUUUAAAAUAAGUCUUAUUUUUAGUCAUUUUGUCCCUACUUAACUUUACUAUGGCUGGAUGUGUUGCCGUAUCGUUGUUUAAUAGGAUACUCUUUGACCUUCACAGUUUUAGCCCAAUGUCUGCGGAACACUUCAUAUGUUAGUGUUUUAUUAAAAUGUCAAAAAUAUAUAUCGGGCUGCAACAUGUUAAUUUAGUUUUAUUUCCAUGCAUUGAGGUGCAAAUACUAACAUUUUCAUUCACAUUAAAACAAUGGGCUAAAGCUAAAAAUGUCAAGGUAUCCUCUUUUAAUGUUUUAUUAUAGAUAACGGUGGGAUGUUACUAUGCCAGGCUAUGCAAGGUGGUCGGAUGUUAUAAAGUGUGUCUUAAUUUAAAUAAGUUGUGAAUAGUGAUCUUUUCUCCUCUGCUGUAUCAAAUGACCCAAGUGCUCUUAGAGAGAGUGUUGUAGUCACUCAUUUGAGGGACUUCAACUUUGUUUCAAGCUUAAAAUCUUUGAAAUACCUAUUUCAAACCUGAAUCCUACUAUUAUUUGUUCUAUACCUCACCUUUUUGUUCUUUUUUUAUUUUCCUAAGGUACUGUAAACAUACUGUAGGGAACCUGCAAGGAGCUCUAGUUUGUCAAUUUUUUUUACUAUUUGCAGAAUGUAAAUUCAAGUGCUCCUUACACACAGCAAGGAGGUCUUUGUUUAUGUUCAUUUGAUUAUGUCGUAGUAGUUUGUUCUUUCCUUUCUAUUAAAUUUCUUUUACUUCUUGGAAUUUAAAUCACAUGUUCCUUAAGUCAUAAAAAAAUGAGGAGAGAGAGUGUGUGUGUGUGUGUGUGCGUGUGUCUGUGUGUCUCUCACUGGUUGUUUACAUCGAACCCAAAAUUUUUUUUUGUCUUUUUCCAGUCCUAUAAUCAGAUUUAGGAUAUCCACUAAAUAGUGCUAAGGCAAAAUUCCCGUUCUGACUGUUACUGUAUCCCUUUCAUGCUAGUGUUACUGUAUGCAGAUAAUGUCUUUAUUACUGAAUGAAUGAAAGUAGAUGAGGACUGUUGUUGAUUGCACCAGCAACAGUUUGGUCUCUGUCAUGUAAUGGUAUUUUAUCAUGUGGUUAAUAAAAGCUAAGGGCGCAUUUAGCAAUCUGAAA